AUGGCGGCGGCGGCGGCGGAGGAGAGGGGUCAGCCGGCCGCUAAACGCCUCUGCUCCAGGCCCUUCCCCGCUGCCCGCGGGCCGGGCUCGCAGACCGCCAGCCCGAGCGGCCGAGGCCGGCGCAGCCCCGAGUCGCUGCUGGACGCCAGCGCCAAGAUGGUGGCGGAGAAGUGGCCGUUCCAGCAGGUGGAGGAGCGCUUCUCCCGCAUCCCCGAGCCCGUGCAGCGGCGGAUCGUGUACUGGUCCUUCCCGAGGAACGAGAGGGAGAUCUGCAUGUACUCGUCCUUCAACUACUACUCGCCCGAGGAGACGGCGGCGGCCGCGGCGGCGGCGGGAGGAGGAGGAGGAGGAGGUGGUGGUGGUGGUGGAGGAGGAGGGGGUGGAGGAGGGGGUGGGGGUGCGAGCGCCGCCGGGCCCGGCUCCGGCUCCGGGGACGAUGAGAACCGACUGCCGUUCAGGAGAGGCAUCAGACUGCUGGAGAGCGGUUGUGUGGACAAUGUUCUUCAAGUAGGUUUUCAUCUGAGUGGAACUGUGACGGAACCAGGCACCCAGUCAGAACCUGAAACGACCUACAGAGUGGCCAUCAGCUUUGACCGCUGCAAGAUCACCUCCGUAACAUGUGGCUGUGGCAACAAAGACAUUUUUUACUGUGCCCACGUGGUGGCACUUUCCCUGUACAGAAUACGAAAGGCCGACCAGGUCAAACUACGUCUUCCCAUCUCCGAGACAUUAUUCCAAAUGAACAGAGACCAACUGCAGAAAUUUGUUCAGUAUUUAAUCACAGCCCAUCACACAGAAGUACUUCCUACAGCACAGAAAUUGGCUGAUGAAAUCCUGUCGUCCAAUUCGGAGAUCAACCAAGUACAUGGUGCCCCUGACCCAACGGCAGGUGCUAGUAUCGACGAUGAGAACUGUUGGCAUCUUGAUGAGGAACAGGUUCGAGAGCAGGUCAAGCAGUUCCUAUCACAAGGAGGAUAUUAUGGGUCCGGAAAGCAGCUGAAUUCUAUGUUUGCAAAGGUACGUGAAAUGCUAAAGAUGAGGGAUUCCAACGGUGCCAGAAUGCUGACGUUAAUAACGGAGCAGUUCAUGGCUGAUCCUCGGCUCUCUCUGUGGAGGCAACAGGGAACGGGUAUGACGGACAAAUGCCGGCAGCUCUGGGAUGAGUUGGGUGCCCUGUGGGUGUGCAUUGUGCUGAAUCCCCACUGCAAACCAGAGGAGAAGGUCUCGUGGCUCCGGCAGCUCAAGAAGUGGAAUGAUAUGGAUGUUUGUCCUCUGGAAGAUGGUAACUACGGCAACGAGUUGCCCAACAUAACCAACGCGCUUCCUCAGAGCUCCAAUCACAAUCAAGAGUCUCUAGUCAGGCCAAGGAGGACGGUUUUCACACGUGCAAUAGAGGCUUGUGAUCUACACUGGCAGGACAGCCACCUCCAGAGGAUUAUUAGCAGCGAUUUCUACGCCUCGCCCUCUUAUCAGAGUGAGAGCCUACUCUUCAACUCUCAAGGACAGCCUCUAUGGUUAGAACACGUGCCCACUGCCUGUGCGAGAGUGGAUGCCCUGCGCUCCCAUGGCUAUCCUAAAGAGGCUCUGAGACUGGCUGUUGCCAUUAUUAACACACUCCGCCUGCAGCAGCAACGGCAACUGGAAAUUUAUAAGCAUCAGAAGAAAGAGUUGCUGCAGCGAGGUGUGACAACCAUUACAAAUCUGGAAGGGUGGGUGGGUCAUCCUCUAGAUCCAGUCGGGUGUCUCUUCAUCACGCUGACUGAAGCCUGUCGGCUAGAGGAUGAGACUGGUAUGGAGACAGCAGAUUCAAGCAGUGAUUUGAAGCCAGCUAUCUACCAGCAUGUGGCUGUGUCUGGGUGCCUGGACAGCAAUGAAUCAUACCUUACUUUGGCAAUGGAGGUAGCCCUCAUGGGCAUGGGCCAGCAGCGAGUCAUGCCUGAGGGCCUCUACGCACAAGACAAAGUCUGCAGGAAUGAGGAGCAAAUCAUCCUGAAAUUGCAGGAGCUGGAGUUGGAUGAAAUGCUUGUGCAAGUCCUUCGCAAACAGUCCAUCAUCUUACUAGAGGGAGGCCCUUUCAGUGGUCUGGGCGAGGUGAUUCACCGAGAAAGUGUUCCGAUGCACACUUUUGCAAAGUACCUAUUUUCAGCUUUACUACCGCACGAUGCUGACCUGGCAUACAAGCUGGCUUUACGAGCUAUGAGGUUACCUGUUCUGGAGUCGACAGCACCCGGAGGCGAUGUGUCUCAUCCUCACCAUAUUGUGUCAGUUGUGCCCAGUCGAUAUCCCCGCUGGUUUACUCUCGGGCACCUCGAGUCUCAGCAGUGUGAGCUGGCCUCCACCAUGUUAACAGCAGGCAAAGGAGAUAUGCUGAGGUUACGGACUGUCCUGGAAGCUAUCCGGAAGAACAUUCAUUCCUCGUCCCUCAUAUUCAAACUUGCCCAGGAUGCGUUUAAAAUAGCCACACCAGCUGACAGCCCUCCAGGUGUUACGCUUCUCAAUGUGGCUUUAGAGCUUGGGUUGCAGGUGAUGAGGAUGACUCUAUCGACGCUGAACUGGAGGCGCAGAGAGAUGGUGCGCUGGCUGGUGACGUGUGCUACAGAAGUUGGUGUGCGAGCGUUGGUGAGCAUCUUGCAGAGCUGGUACACACUCUUCACCCCGACCGAGGCAACGAGCAUCGUAGCCGCCACCGUCACUUCCCACAACACCAUUCUACGGCUCAACCUGGACUACACGCAAAGGGAGGAGUUAGCAAGCUGUGCCAGGACACUUGCUCUUCAGUGUGCCAUGAAGGACCCUCAGAACUGUGCUCUGUCUGCGUUAACUCUAUGUGAAAAAGACCACAUUGCCUUUGAGACGGCGUACCAAAUUGUUAUUGAUGCGGCUUCUACGGGUAUGACGUAUUCCCAGCUGUUUACCAUAGCUCGGUAUAUGGAGCAUCGAGGGUACCCGCUGCGGGCCUUCAAACUGGCAAGCCUCGCCAUGACCCACCUUAAUUUAGCCUAUAACCAGGACACCCAUCCUGCCAUCAAUGACGUUCUUUGGGCGUGUGCAUUGAGCCACUCUCUGGGGAAAAACGAACUAGCUGCCAUUAUCCCUCUGGUGGUAAAGAGUGUACAGUGUGCCACUGUGCUGUCGGACAUUCUGCGCAGGUGCACAAUGACCGCACCUGGACUGGCUGGUAUUCCCGGCCGCCGAAAUUCUGGGAAGCUCAUGUCAACUGACAAAGCACCUCUCCGCCAGCUGCUGGAUGCUACAAUAGGCGCUUACAUCAACACCACCCACUCUCGCUUGACGCACAUCAGCCCUCGGCAUUACGGUGAAUUUAUUGAAUUUCUCAGCAAAGCCAGAGAGACAUUUUUGAUGGCACAGGACGGACACAUACAAUUCGCUCAGUUCAUAGACAACCUCAAACAGAUCUAUAAGGGAAAGAAAAAACUGAUGAUGCUUGUCCGGGAACGCUUUGGCUAACGCACUAUUUUAAAAAAAACACACAAACAAAAAUUGUUCAACUGUGAUCUUGUCUCAUAGGAGUGGUACUCGGUGUCUUGCCACAACCAGUGGAGCCAGUCAACGUUUAUUUGAGCAUUAACCAAUAUAUACAUCCUUCAAGAAAUUUAACAGUAACAAAAUAAUAAUUCUGGCACAUAAGCAUAAAACGCAAGGAUUAUGGAAAACGUUAUUCAUUAUACCAAAUCCUACUGCACGAAAGCAAAUACCUCUGUCUUGCUCUCUUUCUGUUUUGCUCCUACUCUUCCUGCGUCUUUUAUCUCUUUCCUAUCUUGUCUCCAUCUCUGAUCUCCCUCGUUUUUUCUCUUCUCCAUUCCUCUCCAUCUUGCUUCAUCUGUGUGCGUGUGUGUGUUUAUCUCUCUUACCCUCUCCUGUGUGCCUCUCCCUCUUCGCUCCCUCUCACUCUUUUUUUUCUCUUAAUCCUCUGAUAUAC